CACACAAGAAUUUAACGUGGUUCGGUUUCCUUAAUCCACGGCUGCAACAGGAGGAUUUUCUUAUUUCACUUAUGGUGCCGAUUACAAGUACAAGUUUGGUUCAAGGAUGGGCGGCCAUAAUAAUGGGAAUUCUAUCCGGAAGCAUCCCGUGGCUCACAAUGAUGAUCCUCCACAAGCGGUGGACCCUACUCCAAAACAUCGACGACACUCUGGGCGUCUUCCACACCCACGCCGUCGCCGGUCUCCUCGGAGGCUGCCUCACCGGCCUCUUCGCCGAGCCGGUUCUCUGCAACCUCUUCCUCCCUGUGACCAAUUCGCGAGGCGCGGUCUACGGCGGAUCCGGCGGGAUUCAAUUCCUCAAGCAGUUCGUCGGCGGCAGUUUCGUCAUCGGGUGGAACGUCGUGGUGACGUCCAUCAUUUGUUUCGCGAUUGGGUUAGUUGUCCCGCUGAGGAUGCCGGAAGAGGAGCUCAAGAUAGGAGACGACGCCGUCCACGGCGAGGAGGCCUACGCCGUGUGGGGCGACGGUGAAAUAUACGACGCCACUCGGCAUGGAUCCUCACCGGGAGGGACUAUGCAUUACGGGAGUACUCUGACUGGGGCCACUCCAUUUGUGUGAAACUAUUCCCUAUUCUCUAGUACUCUGUAAAAUGAUUUAGUUUUGUCAUUCUUCCGGCAAUUCCGGAACCAAAAUUAACACUAGUAUAACUU